AUGGCUGACGAGUACGCCGACUUGAAGCAAAUGUUGCAGCAGCAGCUGAAGCUGGUGGAGGCUCUGACCGUCAAGCUAUCUAAUUCGUCCUUCGGCCAAUCAAGCGCGGUGCUGGUGGCGGUGGCUGGUGGUUUGCAUCCUGUCGAUCACAUUGCCAGCAGCAUCACUGAAUUCUUGUAUGACCCGCAGGCCCAUAUCACCUUCGAUUCCUGGUACAAACGAUACGAGGACUUGUUCUCUGUCGAUCUGACUGCCAAGGACGAUGCAUGA